AUGUUCAUCCCCAACACUUUGCUCGGCCUACUUGGCCUCACAAUAGCUGUCUACGCACAAUGUUCCAACUUCCUUAUUGACGACUUUUCACGGCCAACUCCCUCCGGUUUUAACAACUUGACUUCAUGGACCAGUGACGACAACUCCAUGUCAAGCAUUGCCCUCGCAGGCGGAUUACUCUCGUUUACCCCCAAGCCCGACCACUCCUCGUACUUUUACGAGACCCUACCUUGUUACCAAGCAGCCACCCAGGGCUACAAAGCAUUGUCCUUGACUGUCAAGGGACCCAAGGACGCCUCCUUUAUGGUGGAGAUCCAGACCAAACAAGCAUGUACCGACAACGAGUAUCAAAGCCAGUGGGUUGUUAUCUCCGGCCUGACGGGGUCAGUCCAAACUGUUAGCAUCUCCCUGUCUUCGUUCCCGGGCGCCAACUUGGACGGCAUCACGGGCUUCGUCUGGUCCACCUACUCCCAGUUCUCCGGCUAUGAGUUCAGCAAUCUCAGAUUCACCUGCAACGAGGAGGCUGCGAGCUCGUCUACUUCAGCAUCUCGGUCCAUUUCAGCCUCUCCUGGCGCAUCUACAUCAGCUAUAUCAACAAGCACUUUGUCAACCUUGACAUCCCGUAGUGUCUCUGCUAGCUCAACGGGUAGGUUCAACCGCGUUGUCGACCUCGACAGGUCGCACUUCGUCGACUGUGUCAACUUCACAAGCCCGCUCUUCAAGUUCGGCCACCUCUUCCAGGACGACUACUCUCUCUGGAAGCAGCAGCACCAGCCGCUCGUCAACUGUGUCCGGCUCAGUUACAGCUCAGUCAUCGCCCGCCUCGUCAAGUUGCAGCAACCUUCUCAUCGAUGA